AUAAUAAGACAGAAGCAGUAAUAAAAACUCUCCGAUCAAAGAAAACUCCAGGAUCUAUUGGCUUCACUGUUAAAUUCUACCAAGCACUCAAAGAAAUAAUACCAACUCUACUUAAUGAUUCUAAAAAAUCAAGGAGGAGGGAAUACUUCCAAACUCAUUCUAUGAGGCCUGUAUCACCCUAAUACCAAAACCAGACAAAGCUCUUCCGCUCCUGGCUCCUUCUUUCGCGACAAGAUGGCCACACCGGCAGUAACAGCAAGUGAUCCUCCCACCACUCCAGCCCCAGCCCCGGCGGCGGCCCCAGUCUCAGCCUCAGCAUUAGUCCCGGCACCAGCCCCAACGCCACCUCCCACGCCAGCUGCGGCUCCGGCCUCAUCUUCAGACCCUGCGGCAGCAGCGGCUACGACUGCGGCUGCGGGCCAGACCCCGGCCUCCGCGAAAGCCUCUGCGCAGACCCCGGCGCCCCCACUGACUGGUCCUGCUCUCCCAGGGCCCUUCCCUGGUGGCCCCGUGGUCAGGCUGCACCCAGUCAUUUUGGCCUCCAUCGUGGACAGCUACGAGCGACGAAACGAGGGAGCUGCCCGUGUUAUCGGGACCCUGCUGGGAAGUGUUGACAAGCACUCAGUGGAGGUCACCAAUUGCUUUUCAGUGCCACAUAAUGAGUCAGAAUAUGAAGUGGCUGUUGACAUGGAAUUUGCUAAGAACAUGUAUGAAUUGCACAAAAAAGUCUCUCCAAAUGAGCUCAUCCUGGGCUGGUACGCUACAGGCCACGACAUCACAGAGCACUCUGUGCUGAUCCAUGAGUACUACAGCCGGGAAGCCCCCAACCCCAUUCACCUCACUGUGGACACAAGUCUCCAGAACGGCCACAUGAGCAUCAAAGCCUAAGACAGCACUUUAAUGGGUGUCCCUAGAUGGACCAUGGGAGUGAUGUUCACACCUCUGACAGUGAAAUAUGCAUAUUAUGACACUGAACGCAUUGGUGUUGACCUGAUCAUGAAGACCUGUUUUAGUCCCAACCGAGUGAUCGGACUCUCAAGUGACUUGCAGCAAGUAGGAGGGGCAUCAGCUCGCAUCCAGGAUGCCUUAAGCACAGUGUUGCAGUAUGCAGAGGAUGUGCUGUCUGGAAAGGUGUCAGCUGACAAUACUGUGGGUCGCUUCUUGAUGAGCCUGGUUAACCAAGUACCCAAAAUAGCUCCUGACGACUUCCAGACCAUGCUCAACAGCAACAUCAAUGACCUGCUGAUGGUGAUCUACCUGGCCAAUCUCACACAGUCUCAGAUUGCCCUCAAUGAAAAGCUUGUAAACCUGUGAAUAGGCCCCAGGCAGAACUCCUGCCAGUCUGGGUCUCACCCUAGGACUCAGUAUGAAGUGAAGGCGAAAUGGUUUCUUUGUGCUCUUGAGUCACACUGAGCCAGUCAGCUGCUAGUGACUCUAAUAAACAUGGCCUACCUUUUGUAAAU